AUGCCACCAAAACAAGCGGGCCGCAAAUCCGUCGGGCGCAAAUCCUUACCAGCAGCCAAACGCGGCGGGAGAAAAUCAGCAGCGAGCGCAUCAACAAGCACACCAAGACGGGCCUCAAAGGCGGUAGCGAAGAGGGGCAGGCAGUCACACGUAGAGCCUGGCGACCCGGUUCCUCGAGCAAAGCGAAGAUACAAACCUGGGGCCCUUGCGCUGAAGGAGAUACGGCAGUAUCAGAGGAGCACGGAUUUGUUAGUUGCGAAAUUGCCGUUUUCAAGAGUGGUCCGAGAAAUAGCACUCAAUAUGGUCCCUACCGGCGAUACUGUGCGCUGGCAGUCGCAAGCUAUACAAGCGCUACAGGAGGCGGCGGAGGCUUUUCUCGUUCAUUUGUUCGAAGACACGAACCUUUGCGCCAUUCAUGCGAAGCGAGUCACCAUCAUGCAGAAAGACAUCCAGCUUGCGAGGAGAAUCAGGGGGGCAUGGGGCGGCGCUGGUUAG